CACUGUACACAUACCGUUUGUUUUUUGCGCCUCCAGUGACUAAUCGAGAGAGAAAAGACCCUAUAAAUGUAAAGGAUUUAUAGUGGUUUUACCUCAUUUUCGCAACAGUCAGCCAAAGCACAGCAAUAGUCAUAAUGGAGCCAGCCCGCCUUGCUCUUCUUCUUUUGGUCGUUUGUGUUGCUGGAUUGGUGGUGAACGGCGCUCCCCAAAAUAGGUUGUUGGACAACGAAACGCAGAACAAAGCCCUGUCUAAGAGGUCCGACGCAGACAACAACCCGGGAUACGAUGCUUGUAAAAUCGGUAACGUCAAGUGUUUAAAUGGUGGCACCUGUUACACUAUUUAUGGCUCCCCUGACUGCAGAUGUGCUUAUGGUUAUUUUGGAAGCCGUUGCCAAUUCAAUCGGAAUCAACGUCCACCACCAAGAGGCAAGUAACAAAUUCAAGGAACUACGGGAGAAGAUUUUGAAAUGGAACGUUUUCAAGACAACGCCGGAAAGCCAAUUUCCUAAUUUUAGAAGCAGUGUUUAUUUAAAAAAAAACGAAAUUAGAAUUCGGUAGCAGUGCUCCUGUCGACUACAGCGACGACGAUAAAUAUUUUACAACAGCCGAAUAAAUCCUUGUCAUUCGAUCGGUGAAUCACGAAUGAUACACUGAACACAAGGCGUGGUUGACUUUAACAGUCAGCCUUAUUUGAAGCUUGGGACACUCAGUAGGACGGCACUACUUGGAGUGGGUAGAUUUGUAUUAAUCACCAAACACUUUGACCAAGUAGCGCCCUUCUACAGUGUACAUCAUACAUCAAAUAGACUAAAGGAAUUCACAGGGUUAUUAUUUGACAAACGUUCAAUCCACCCAUCUAGCGACCAUCAGGGGCCUAAACCCUGUAAAGUGGAGUAUGCCCAACUUUUUGAUGGGGUUGGACUAUUGGAUUAUUCUCCCCACAAUGGUUUCAUAUGGUAUUUGGACCCCUCCCACACACACACUUUUCGAACGUCCAAAGCCGGACAAUGUUUAAUUUAAGAAUGUUAUCUCUACCCAUCCCGCAGUCAGACGCAGCUUUGACCAACUGACAUCCCCAGUAUCCGAUUCUGCGCGGGCCUUCUCACAAAACAGACCAUGCAGGGAUUUAUUCAGUGCUGUUGUAUUUAGGUUUCAUUCAGGUAAAACGGUGGGGGAUUUUUUUUUCUAUCAUAGAGUUUAGCCUUUGAAUUUUGCAAAUAUGGAAUGCUUCAGAGUCGUUCAUAAUUGGUGAAGCUAAUUUAUAUCUCUUGGAACCCCAAUCUGUUAACUCAUGAAUUGAUUCUUACCGCUUCAUUUAUCAAUAUCCGCUAAUUUUAUCCUUUAAUUAAAGUUUGAAUAGUUACAUGCUUUUAUUUCUCAUAUUGCAACAAAAAGAAACAAACAGGAGAUACAAAACCAAGCUAGAGAAAUACCUUUCCACACUGUUUACAAUUAGAAGUAUCUAACAAAUACGGAUGCUCUUUCGGAUGGUAAGACAAUCUGAUAUCCGAGACUUCGGUUUUCAAUUUAAUACUCGCAUAUACACACACACAAAAGGAAUUGUUUUUCUGAGCAAAGGUUUUCCCAUGCUGAGGCGCACUGAAUUCUAAUUGUUUAAAACCGUGGGAUAUAUUUGGUUUUGGUAUUUGGUUUUAUGUAAGUGUAAUUUUGGUAAGAGGGGACUAUAGCUGAGUCGCUUUUCACCCUAAUCUAAAACAGUAGUAAAAGAGUCAUUAUCAGUCAAAUCACAAGCAGGAAACUAUAAACAAAAUGAUGAACAAUCGAACGGCUUUAUAAUUUUUCGAUUGGUUGGUUGUUUUAACUUUUAACGUAAGAAGAAAACAGCAAGUAAAAAUUGACAUAACGUAACUUAUUACGUGACAAUUAUUGUUGAAAGAGCAGAAUAUACAGCAAUACAUCCUGAAA